GUUGUGUUCCUCUUGCUUUUCAAACCAGGAAGAUGGAUCCGCUCUCGAACAAGUGGAUUAUUCACCUGCUAGUUUGUUGCGUUUUCGUGGGUGUCGGCUGCAGUUCUGUGGACAAGAAGAUUUAUGUGAAUCUCAAUUACACUGUCUCGUGUGUGCGACUGCUCAACGCUACGCAUCAAAUCGGCUGCCAGUCCUCCUUAUCGGGUAAUGUGGGCGUGCUUCAUGUGCUGGAGUCGGAGGAGAAGCUGGACUGGGUCCUGAGCUCAGGUCCCAACCCCCCUUAUGUUGUCGUCCUGGAGUCCCCACUCUUCACCAGAUCCAUCAUGAUGAAGCUGAAGAGCGCCUCCCGGAGGGUGGCAGGCGUUGCCGUUGUGGCGCCGAACACCAACCUGGGGGGGGCCUUCUCCCCACACACCACCUGUCCCAACGAGAACUCAGGUGUUUAUUCAGAGACCUACGAUCCAGCGCUGGCUAAUUGUAACGCGACCGUGUGGAACCCUCUGGGAAGCGGGCUGUCCUACGAGGAGUUUGAUUUCCCCAUCUUCUCUCUCAAGGACGACAACGACACUCAGGUCAUACGACAGUGUUACUUGGACCACAACCUUCCCGUGAACGGCACUCCUCAGUACCCGCUGUGUGCCAUGGAGCUCUACUCCCACAUGUUCGCCGUCACCGACACAGCCACCUGCAUGAGGAGAAGUGAUACCGACUUCAGCAUCAACCCAGAGAUGGUGUGUGACCCGCUGGGGGACUAUAAUGUGUGGGGCUCCACCAGGCCAGUCAACAACACGGCCAAGGGCCACAAGGAGGGGGAGAGUGUUGUCAUAGCAGCAGCCAGGUUGGACAGCAGGUCGUUUUUCUUCGACAUCGCUCCCGGAGCAGAGAGCGCCGUCUCUGGGUUCGUCACCCUGCUGGCGGCCGCUCACGCUCUGCGUGACAUCGUCCAGGAGGCCCCGCCCAACCGCACCAUCCUCUACACCUUCUUCCAGGGGGAAACCUUCGACUACAUCGGCAGCUCGAGGAUGGUUUAUGAGAUGGAGAACGAUCAGUUUCCCGUGGAUCUGGACAAUAUUCACUCCGUACUGGAGGUUGGACAGGUGGGACUUCGUAAUGACUCCCGACUUUGGCUUCACACGGAUCCUGUUUCCAGGAAGAACGACAGUGUCAACAAGGAGGUGGAGGAGUUCAUUGCCAACUUGCAAGCGGCUGCUACGAAUUUGAGCGUCUCACCGGAGGAGCCCGGCGUCUCUCAGCCUCUGCCGCCGUCGUCCUUCCAGCGUUUCCUGCGAGCUCGCUCGAUCCCGGGUGUUGUGCUCGAGGAUCACAAGUCUGAGUUCACCAACAAGUUCUAUGAGAGCAUGUAUGAUAAUGAAGAAUACAUGAACCUGUCUUAUCCUCCAAAUCUGACGCCAGAGGAGAAGCAGGAACAUGUCACCGAACGGGCAAAGGCUCUGGCGGAGGUGGCCACCCUGGUCGCUCGGGCUCUGUACAAACAGGCGGGAGGAAAUCAAACCCUGCUGGACAAGAUCCAGGCCGACCCUCAGAUGGUGACCCAGAUGCUGUACGGUUUCCUGGUUCAGACAAAUAACACCUGGUUCCAGCAGCUGAUCCCCUCAGAGUUCGUGAGUCAUCUGACCAACGGGCCGCCCAACCUGUACGUCGGCGCCGUCCAGCAGGCCAGUCAACCGACCACACUGGUGCAGUUCCUGCUGGCGAACCUGACGGGCAGCACCAUCAACAUCACCAAGGAAAACUGCCAGAGCCAGAAAGAGGAUGAGACGGACAAGGAGAGCAAACACAUAUACAGCUACUGGUGGAUUCAGGGUGCGAUCCCCCCCAACAGCACCGAGCGGGUGGGCUACUGCGUCCGCUCCAGCGCCCGUCUCUCCAAAGCCUUGUCCCCAGCGUUCGAACUGAAGCAGUACACCACCAAAGAUUACUCCACGUGGGCGGAGUCCCGGUGGAAGCCCAUCAAGGGACGCAUCUUCCUGGUGGCGAGUCACGAACUGGAGAUGUUGACGUUGGGUGUCGGCGUCGGCAUUCUGGUGACGUCCCUCCUCCUGACGUACUUCCUCAGCGCCAAGGCCGACAUCCUCUUCAGCUCGGGGAGGGAACCCGCCAACGCCACCUACUGAUCCACGCCCCCGAGGCGGCGACGCAGGCCCACGACCACUACUACUUCUACGAUUACUUCUUCUUUUACUCUCACAGCAGACAUUGACAGGACAUUUCCUUCAAAACACACAAUUGUUAGGUACACACAGGUGACACACAGCAGCUGGGGGAGGGUUAGGGUGUGGGGGGGGGGUUAUUAGACAACGACGAUGACGACUCCGUGGUUAAAGACUCGCUCCUCCGGGGCGCGAGGUGGGGACUGGACCGGACUAGAUUGGCCUGGAUGGAUCUGGACUCAUCAGGGUUAGAAGACGCUGGUCAGGCACCAGAGGACCCUGCCAGUGGAAAAGAUGUUUAUAUUUCUUUUGUUUUAGUUUCUUUUUUGUUUUCGCUGUCAGAGAAUGUUUCGUUUACCGUGUCGUGUGAUAGACACUAAACAUUAAGCAUUAUUUUGUGUGUGUGUAUGAUUGUGAAUAUGUAAAUGUGACCACAAUUGACUGCCUGGGUGAGUGUGUAUGAUUAUUUGUAAGAGCGCGAGUGAGCUUUUUAUGAGGAUUGCGAUGGUGCACUACUGUAGCUGUCUUCUCUGUCAUGUAGUUCAAAUAUCACUCAGUUCUAACGAUGACAAACCACUUUGUGAGUCAGUGAACAAGUAGACACAUUUAAACAUUUUUGUUUUGCAAAAUCUGGAAACGUACGGCGAGCUGUUUUUGUUUUAAUAAGUUCUAGAACCUGGGGAAAAAAAUGUCAAACUAAUUUAUAUUGUUCGAUCCCAGCACGUAUAAAAAUACACACGAUUUCACAUAUUGUGAUAUUUGUCGGGAGAAGAGUCGGCUGCUGAAAGCUUCAACGUCCAGUCGGAUCCAUUCGAUGCUUUGACACUGAACACGUGUUGGUACUCUGGCUGUGCACUCGUUUUCUCACAAGGUUUCUUUUUAACUUCUGAAAAAUUGUGACAACACGCAAGAGGUUUUUUAAUUGUGUUGAUGGAUGUUCAUGUAAUGGCUGGAAUCGAUGACCAAUUGUGAUGCCUUGAUGAAGAAAUAAACAUUGCUUCUUUUCCAGUUUUUA